GUUUGCUGCGCGCGCCCAUCACAUCCAUGCUCAUGACCACCGUGACCCCUCGCGUCCACACAGCUUCAUAGCUUCUGCUUUUCAGACAUACACUGUAGCACUUCGGAACCUUGCUUGAGACUGGAGGACAGACUCUGCGCACGAAGAAUAGGGUCGGUGGCGGGCCAUGACCGGGUUCGCGUCUAUACCUCUCGCUGAGCAAGGAGGCGGUGGGCAUAGCGAUACUCAGCUAGCGGGAGUCGCGCGAGUACUGGGGCCAAGAUGGCUGCAGCUACCUGCGCUCACGGUGGGACUGCUUGGCGUGCAAGUCUUCUGGUCUAUAGAGAUGUCGUACGGUACACCGUACCUUUUAUCUCUCGGCCUCUCCAAGUCUGCCGUUGCGACAGUGUUUCUUGCUGGCCCAAUCUCAGGGCUGCUUGUACAGCCUCUCAUUGGUGUCCUCGCUGAUAACUCAAAGUCACGCUUCGGACGUCGGAGACCGUACAUGUUCGCAGGCACCUGUAUAUGCGUGGUCGCGAUGCUGCUUCUUGGCUUCACGCGGCCAUUCGCUAGCAUAUUUACGCCGUCCGAGUCUAUAGCAAAUAAUGUCCUGACAAUAUGCUUGGCUAUUCUUGCUUUAUUUGCAAUCGACUUCUCAAUAAACGCAGUCCAAGCAGUGGAUCGCGCACUUAUUGUAGACACAUUACCCUCGUCAGAACAAGCAGACGGAAAUGCCUGGGCAGCACGUAUGCUCGGCGUAGGGAGUGUCGCGGGGUAUUUCAUAGGGAACGUCGACCUAACGUCUGUUUUCCCUCUCCUGGGAAAUACUGAACUUGAGGUACUUGCAGUCCUCGGCUCCUUCUUACUCAUUGCCAUGCACACUAUCACGGCUGUUUGCACAAAAGAGAGGGUGGUCGUGGCUACCAAGGGAGCGAGCAAGGGAUUCCUUCAAGAGCUGAAGGAUAUCUGGGAAAACGUCCGCGACCUGCCUCCUGUGAUUCGUCAGAUUUGCAUCAUCCAAUUUUUCGCCUGGGUCGGCUGGUUCCCCGUGCUCUUCUACACGACUGAGUUCAUCGCCGAGCUGCACAAAUCCGACAACGCCUCCAUGCCGCAGGAUGACCCGGCCCUCAACGCAGAAGCUACGCGUCUCGGCUCGCGCGCUCUUUUCUAUAGCGCCAUACUCAGCCUCACGUGCAACGUGCUCCUGCCCUUCUUCGUGUCCGAGGCGACGAAGAGUCGCGCGGCGCUCGAGAGGAAGCUGAGUGGGCAUACGAGUCGCUGGGUGAUGACAUAUGAGCGGGUCAAGAUUCAUUUGGCUACGCUGUGGGCAGUGUCACACAUCGUCUUUGCUGUGUGUAUGGCGGCGACCUUCUUCUACUCGACGGUAUGGGGAGCCACAUUCUUCACUAUGAUCACCGGCUUCUCCUGGUCAAUCACGCAGUGGGCACCAUUCUCGCUGCUCGCAGAAGCGAUCCUUUCAGAAGAUGGCACCGACGACCGCGACACCGCCUCCAUCAUGCUCGCCGACACGCGCACGCGCCACCGCUCGCGCCCCGCCUCGCCUGACGAAGAGCGCCAAUUCCUCGUAGCUGAUCCGGGAGACGAGGACGAGGGCCUCGAGGCGGAGGUGCGCUCCUUCCGGUCGUCUGCGUCGAUGGACGGGCCAGAGGAGGAGCGCGAUGCGCUCCGGCUGCAGCAGGAGCGUAGAGGCGAGUUCAUGUCGAAUGCGUCUGCCAGGAUGAGUCGCCUGCAGGUGCAUGGGGUAGAGGAGCCGGAAUGGGACGGUGACGAUGGGAAGAGAGGCGGAGGGUUGGCGGCGAAGGCGGGGAUCAUCCUUGGCAUCCAUAACGUGUUCAUCGUCAUGCCGCAGUUCGUCAUGACUGGCAUCGCCUCGAUCAUAUUCGCCAUCUUCGACGGCGCAGUUCCGAAGAACCUGGAUGCGACGAACCCCAGCAACAGCACCGCGACACCCGGUGAACUAGGAAAAGACGCGACUCAUCAGUUGCGGGAGAGCCUCGCCACACCGGCGGCGCCGAACUCGUAUGCGAUUGUUUUUAGGCUGGGCGGCGUCGCCGCGACAAUUGCAUUUGUGCUUACCGUGCGGCUUGCUCGAGAGCUCCGGCGACGACAAUAACGGGUCCACAGCGGUUGGCUGUGUACCGACGUAUGUACUUGUGGACGACCGGUGGAUGUAAUUGUGUACUAGCUUACGGUGUCUUUAUUAAUCAUUGGGUUAUCUCAGGCUUUC